CCCCCCCCCCACCCCCAGCAGCAGCAGCAGCAGCAGCACCGGCAGCAGCAUCAGCGGCGGCGUCCUCGUGGCCGGGCGAGGGGCGGAGGGAGGUCAGGCGGGGGCGGCCCGCCCAGCCCAUAAAGAGCCGCCCCCCGCAACUCCGCCACGCCGCGCAGCAGCAGCAGCAGCCGCAGCAGCAUCCCACGAGCGCAGCCGCCGAGCGAGGCCGCCCGUUGCCAUGCCUGCCAACCUGCUGACCCCGCAGGAGUUCCCUCCAAGUUACUCGACCACGUUUGCUCCCGUGGUCCAGAAUGGGGCAUCUAACUCGGAGAAAGAAAUGCCCGCCUCCUACGAAGACUCCUCGGGAGCAGGGAGAGGUAUGACUGAUGACAUCUUUGAUGAGACCUACCGUGAGAAGACGGGUCCCAAGCCUGCCACGGUCUAUGUUUGGAGGAACAUCGUCCUUAUGGCCUUGCUCCACCUGGCCACCCUCUACACCUUCUUCACCCUUCCUUCUGCAAAGUUUGCCACCUUGUUGUGGGGAUUUGGGUGCUUUCUUGUAAGUGGCUUGGGAGUCACGGCUGGGGCGCAUCGCCUUUGGAGUCACCGGUCUUACAAAGCCAGCUUUCCUCUCCGGGUCUUCUUGGCUAUUGCCAACUCCAUUGCCUUUCAGAAUGAUAUUUAUGAAUGGUCCAGAGACCACCGCGUCCACCACAAAUACUCUGAAACAGAUGCAGAUCCUCACAACGCAUCUCGGGGUUUUUUCUUCUCCCAUGUCGGCUGGCUGCUGGUACGCAAACAUCCGGAUGUCAUCGAGAAGGGCAAGAAAUUGGACCUUUCUGACCUGAAGGCAGACAAAGUUGUGAUGUUCCAGAGGAGGUAUUAUAAGCUCUCCGUGGUGUUGUUGUGCUUCGUGUUCCCUACCUUGGUGCCUUGGUACUUCUGGGGAGAAAGCUUUUGGAAGAGCUUCUUGGUGGCUGCCAUCUUCCGCUACACCAUUGGUCUGAAUGCCACCUGGCUGGUCAACAGUGCUGCCCACAUGUAUGGCUGUCGGCCCUACAACAAGCACAUCAAUCCCCGGGAGAACCGCUUCGUCGUCUUUGGAGCUUUAGGUGAAGGCUUCCACAACUACCAUCACACGUACCCCUUCGACUACUCCACCAGCGAGUAUGGCUGGCGGUGGAACUUCACCACGAGUUUCAUUGAUCUCAUGUGCUACCUCGGCUUGGCGAGUGACUGCAAGAAAGUAGCCAAGGCGACUGUCCUGGCACGGAAAAUUCGGACUGGAGACGGGAGCCACAAGACCGGCUGAAGGCCCACAGUCCCCCCCCCCCAAUCGCCUUCUCAUCCUUCAAACAGCCUGACCAUAUGUUUCUGUGUUCUGUUCACUAACUACCCAGCAAUGUUAUCAGGGCGCUUUAAUGUGAUGACUAAGCCCUGGCAGCUCUCUCUUUUGAAGCGAUGAUUUUGAAGCCUGUAGCCUUCCCUUUCCACCUCUCAGCCUCCAGUGUCUUUUCUGUGGAUCCCCUUGUCUCAUUAGGAGCUGGUAGAGCAUUCUUCACCAGCUGGAAUCCCUGUAGUCAAUUAGAGGGGUUGAGGAACUACACCCUGCCCCCCCCCCCCCCCCAUGGCUACACCAAAGCCAGGGACUUCCUGCCCCAGAAGCAGUGCUAGCACAUACUUGAUGGAAGAUCAGCUGUCUGGCCUCUGAAGCUGGAGAGCUGUUUCCUCCCUCCUUUUUCUUCUUGAAGAGUGAUCUCGCCUGCCAGGGGUUCGUUCUGGUUUCUCAUGAAGUUGGAGAAGAGGGGUGUGUAUGUGUGUGUUGUGAAUGGGAACGAGGAAUACCUUGACUGGGCACGUGGGACAGGGGCAGAACACGGCUGUUCUUCUCCACCCACUGACGGUGAGAGGUGGAUGCUGAAGUCCUGAGACCCCUGUUCAAUCUAAUCCUACCGAGAACAAACUAAGAGUGAAUGUCCAGGGCCCUUUGUGGGGGUUUUUUGGCUGGGGGGUGGGGAAGGCACUUGGAAGAGGAAGGUAGCUUUUGCCAUUUUUUUCUUACUACAGUGUUGGUUUGCAGGGCAUGUCCUGUGUGGCUGGACUGUCUCUUCUUUUUUAAAGCAUUUCCCGCCCCCCCCAGGAAGUGGGGAGGGGAUGAGGCUGUUUCCCCCACCUUGUGAGGGAGCUUCCUACAGCAGGCCGUGUCAGUGAUCAGACUCCUUGAUCGACAGGUGGGAGUCGCUUGCACUGAUGCACUACCAUGUUUUUCUUUGAAGAGACACCUGGUCUAAUUACCUCCGCACUUGGUCAGUGGCAGGAGGCCAAACUGUGGUGAAACUCGAGAGUAAGAAACAGGUUUGUGGAGGAACUGGUGUGCAAGAGGGAAGGUGGCCAGACACCCUGAAUGCUUUCAUUUCCAAAUCUCCGAGUCAGGCUAUUCCCACCCCGUGACACAAUUUCACUCUCUCACGCCAUUAACAGACACAGAGGCCUGGUCUCCUUUGCCUCCUGCCGCCCUGAUGAGAAAUGUGGCCGUUCAGACAAACAAAGGCUGCCCAUUGUUUUUUCCAUCCAUUGGAGGGUUCAAUGGCAAACCCGUUCUUGGGCCUUGCAGCUGUUCUUGUUUCCCUCUCCCAGAAUCAGGUGGUGGGAAGGGUGGCCCGUGCAUUGAAGGGUCAGGUUGCCCAUCAGCUUUCUAAAAACCCCUUACAACAGAAAGCGAAGUGCAGGCAGAAGGGCGGGCACCUGGCCCUGGCCCAAGAAGUCAGCUGGGUGCCUCCGAAGCUGCGGGUUGCCUUCCACCGCGGCAUUCCUGUUCUCUCCGCCCAGGGACCUCCUCAAGGCAGCCCAUCGGUCGCUCCCCCCCCCCCCCUUGUGAUCAGCAGUGGGCUGGGAAGACAGCUGGGGACCGGCCAAGGCAAGACCUGCUUUGGUGCCAGCAGGCUGGAGUUGGGGCUGCAUGCAUGCGGAAAGGGGCCCUGAAGCCCCUCCCUUGCAAAAAUGGCACAAAGGACUGGGGGUUUCAGUAGAGAUCCAGCACGAGGGUUCUUGGGGGGGGGGGAGGCCAGAACCCACCCCAGAGGGCACUUGUUUGCCUAAUGCAGAUGUCACUGCAGGGGAUAAGGGGGCUACUGGCAUGCUUCUGAGUUGUAGUCAUGUGCGUGUGAAAGAGGGAAGAGUGGGUUUCCUGCUGUACUUGAGGGCUUCUCAGAAACAUCUGGGCUGGCGACAGGAUUCUGGUCACAGUGGCCUGACCCGGCCGGGCCCGUUCGUUUGGAUUGUGCUUCAGUAGAGCUGCUGCUGAGAUGUGUUGGCUGCAGACAAGGGAAUUUGGCACCAGCCAUGGAAUUCUUUUCUCUGGGGGCCUCAUGAAAACUGAGCAUAUCAAGCCUCUGGCACUCGGGGCCCACAGCACCACCUGACACCCUCCACAGUUUUGAGGGCUCAGUGCAAGGGAGGCCCUUUGGCUGAGCCAGAUUUCCAUGGGCAGAGCCCUGGCCCAGAGCAGGCUGGCAGAUCCUGCAUGUGCCCAGAACGUUUUUCCUCCCCCUCCGCCCCCUUCUUUGGAGAGCCUCAUAGGCUGAAGCAAGCUAGUGAGAGAGAGAGAGAGAGCUUUGCUGCCUCUGAGGCACACACAAUCUUUUAGUGUGAACAGCUCUGACUUUUGGGGCUGCACCUAAAGAACAAAACGUGGAGGUGCCCAAGAGGUGUUUGGAAAGGGCCAGGAUUGGUUGCCAUUAACUAGAGACUGGACACUCAUUUUCAUACCUGUGCCUGGCUCCUACAGAGACAGCUCCCGAGACGGCACACAACAUUUCUCUCUUGACCCCAAAUCAGUAUUGAGUUUGGCACAAGCUGCUCAGUCACAGUAUGUGCUCCCCCCCCCCCAAUUUUGACUCAGUUCGAGUUUUUUGCCUCGCUCAAAACAACGUUAGGCCACUAGAAGUCGAACCCAGCUCCAGAGUGUCCCUGGAAGAAGUCAAGGCCAGCAAAAGAUGCCUGUCUCUUCUACAGCUGCCUCUGCACCCUCCCUGCAUAUCUCGCCUCUGUGUUCACAACAGAGCUCCCAAGAGUUGCUGAGUCUUGGGGUGAGCCUUGUAAGCAAAGCCCUGGUGGUGCAGCUCUGAACAUUCGGGUGCCGAAUGGAAGUAAUCAACUGGGUGCCCUGCCCCCAGGAUGUUCAAAGAUACUGUAGGGUGCACAUGAACAAAUGUUUUGGGGUGCCUUAAGCUUUUCUUGGACAGACAUAAGAGUAUCAGCAGUGUCCACAGUAUUUUAUUUUCAGCUCUGCUAAAUAAAAUUAUUUUUUAAAACAGUUUUCAGGGGUAUUUUAUAUUAAUUGUUUACCUGCAUUGAAUUGUGGACAAAUGAGUUUUGUUUUGAACAUACAGAGUUGAUGUUUCUUAUAGGUUAAGGAAUAGUUACUUUCCUGUUAUUAUGCACUCUUAAUACAUAUGCGUGUGCGUGUGUAUGUUUUGUUGUUUAACCCAAAAUGAACUUUUGGCUUUGAUAAGAACCAAUUGCAGCUUGGAGGCCAGCAUCUACUCUGGCUGUAUUUGGACUAGCCGUGAAAGCCACCGGUGAGAUUCUUCUGGUCUUCUGUGCCUCUGCUGCUGCUUCAUGUGUAAUCCUCCAACCUUAAGAGGGACGUUUGCACCACCUGAGGAGCACCCGUGUAACACCAGUCGUGCUGAAAGGGAAGCCCCCUUGGGACUCAGCUGGUGUGCUCUGGGGGCCCUCUGGUUUAACUGGUUUGUGUCAGAUUGACCAUUGACUUAAAGCCUUGUUUCCAGUAGCAUCAAAUUUUGGCUAGCUAACGGGUUCCUUCCCCCUUUUUGAAACUGGAAAACAAUGUUCUAAUGGCAAACACUGUGAAGAUAAAUCUGUGAACGGGCUGGGCUCUGACGCUCUUGCAGUUGUGCAUACGGGGCUUUGUUUUGGUUCAGUUUUCCACUUCUAAUAUUUCUGCAUUUCACGUACUGAAAACGAUAGUUUCUACUAAUAUGUAACUGAAUAUCUGACUGUGCUGAGUUGAAGCUUUAUUGGUUUACAAUAAAUGGUUGAUUUGCAAAUUUGA